AUGCAAACUAGUGCUCUUCGAAGCACAAAACUACCUAGAGAACCGGUCUCCCGUGAUAUUCAUACUCUUCUUAUGCUCGAAUUUUCCUCAGUCUCCCCACAGCUCUCAUCGGGGAGUCUAAAAGUCAAAGCGCACAAGACCUUGAAUAGCCCAAAAAUGAAAACAUUUUUACCUGAAUACCCCUAUUAUUUUCCAUGUCUAUUGGAUUUCUUACACAUCAAAAGAAAUGGUCAAAACAGAAAAUAUGAUGUGUACUAUGGCACAUCCCUUCCAUCAAAAACACGAUCCUCUCAAUGCAAUUCUCAAGAGAAUAAUUCUAGCCAAUAA